CCCGUGAAGGAGUGGUUCGGGUCAGCAACGUCGUCUGCACCCAAAAAUCAAAAGCCAUAUUCCCGCCCAGUGAGUUAUUCCCACGCUGUCGCCAGCGGGGGACCUCGAAACUUAUAAACUCUAUUCUGUAUGGCAGUUCCUUGACAGCGGCCAUCAUGCUGCAUCGAGUUAAGAGGACGUCCCCGAUGUGCUUUUAGGCCCCCAUCUGCUAGCGACUCCUCUUUUGGUGGAAAGUGGAGGAACAGUAGAAAUCGUUUCAUGCAGCUAUAUGGUGAAUGGCACUCUAUGUAUCACGUCCAAGUAACAGAUAUCGUGCCAUGUCUCCACCCUUUGGUCAUAAGAUGCAAGGGGUAUGAGCAUACUUAGGGCGCGCUCUACCGUGGGUUCAUUUCAGGAUACGAGACUGAAGGGUAUUCGUGUGCCGCGUUUAUGAUGAUGACCUGGGAAGGGGGGGAAAAAAAAAACUUUGACGAUCGUCGGAGCGCGAAGCGAGGUUCCCGGCUUCCCUUUUCCCCCUUACCCCCUCCCCUCCUUCAGGAGGGUGAAAGGUUUGCAUGUGCGUACAUACAUGUAUAUCGAGAUCUACUAGCUAUUGUCCAUCGUGGUUCCAUCAUAUCCUUUCCAAUGACAGAAGAAUAAAAAGGAGAAACAACAGCCAGCCAUGUUAUAUAUGUACGCAAUGCACAUGCGUUAUCACCCUAAGCUCGUCAACGCUAUUGCGAAAUCUCUACUGGGUAGAUUUCGCAAUAACCAAUUCAUCAUGCAAGUCAUUUCGCAAAAUCUCGGUUCAUGUUACUACCCGUUCUAGGAAAGGAUGUGAUGGAUCGUGUUCUUUCUUUGCCAUGUGCCCUGUCCUCACCCACCCCAACCAAAGGAUCCUGCGUGUACCUGACUCGCACACUCUCACCCUUCUCGCGUGGUCUUGUUCCAUGGUUCAACACAACGAUUUGCGAAAUGUUGGAUGACGCCACCUUCCUUCCCCACAAUUGCUCCUCCGUCAUUCAACUCUGUUCCCUUUUUUUGUCUGUCGCGAAACGUCGUGUCAGUAUGGCCGACUGGCUUGGACGUUUUUAUACCAUAAUCCGCGUUGCAUGCAUUUGCUGCUUGAUAGUGAUUGCCAUUGCUGAGGGAAGGCGCAACUCUUCUGUUUUGUUUGCUUGUUGGCCUUGAUAUAUCCGCACCUUUUAUGUGAUACCGACUAUGCAAAGGCACAGAUUGCCUAGGAAUAAAGAUGCC